AUGGAAAAAAAUGUGAUUGAUCUGAAGCAGCUAUUCAUGUAUCUGACGGCCGAGUCCCAGACGGAACAGAAGGAGCUCAAUCAGGUGGUCCUGUGGGACAAAAUCAUCCUGCGAGGCGAAAACGCUCUGCUGAACUUCAAGAACAUGAUCACCAGGUACUACUUCUGGGACGAUGCAAUGGUUCUCAGGAACCACCAGAACGUGACGACGACCCUUUCCUGGAACAUCGUUCCAAAUGCAGGACUGCUUCCGAAUGUAUUUGCUCACGGACAUCAUUCUUUCAAGUUCUCGGAAACCUACAUGCCGUCGCCGGCCGGUGCCCUGCCGGGUGAAGCGAUGCUUGAUCGGAAACGCCGUACGGAACCACAUAACUUAACAAUCAUCAUUUGUCAACUAAAGUUGGCUAUUCGGAAUGAUGCCAUGAUGCGGAGCUGA